GGGCGCGAGCCCGGCUGCAGCUUCCUGCUGGCGCUGAUGCAGAAACACCGGCGCCGCGAGCGCCGCUACGGCAAGGACAUGGAGACCAUCGGAUUUGCCGUCUACGAGGUUCCUCCCGAGCACGUGGGGAAAUCGGGCGUCCACCUGAAGCGGGAUUUCUUCCUGGCCAACGCCUCGCGCGCCCGCUCGGAGCAGUUCAUCAACCUGCGGGAGGUGAGCACCCGCUUCCGGCUGCCGGGGGAAUAUAUCGUGGUGCCCUCCACCUUCGAACCCAACAAGGAAGGAGACUUCGUUCUCCGCGUCUUCUCCGAGAAGAAAGCCGGCACCGAGGAAAUGGAUGACAAGAUCCAGGCGACGCUCCCGGAUGAGAAAGUGCUCUCUGAAAGCCAAAUCGACGACAACUUCAAGCAGCUCUUCAAGCAGCUGGCGGGGGCGGACAUGGAGAUCAGCGUCACGGAGCUUCAGACCAUCCUCAACCGGAUCAUCGGCAAACGUGAGCCGAUUUUGGGGUUCACCGUGAACUCC